UUGUGAUGAGGCUUUCAGCAAUGAGCCUCUGUGUGUAAUGUCGUGUUUUAUCCAUCCAUACCUAGUGCACUCUCAUAGCGCACACAAGACCGUACCUUGACUUUCUCCGUCGUAACAAUCGCCGCAAUAGGGCUAUCGAAUGAAUGAGAGCUUUUGUUUUGCGCGCAACUUGGACAUCUUCACCGUGUACUAGUCUCGUUUCCAUGACAAUUUCAAAAUCAGGUUGACUGAAAGCGAGUUACAGUUGGCAAAACGAAUGUAUCUAAAGUGGAUCCAUUUUAUCGGACUGGACUAAUGGACUUCCUAAGAAUUCGAUGGAAACUAUUUUGUCCGUUUUUGUCAAUCAUGGAAAGGGACUAAUAUACUAUUUUCGGCCAUGACACAAUGGUUAUAAUUCUGGUCUUGCUAUUGGUGAAUGUAUUAAACCCCAGUCACCAAAAGCCUCGUUCUUCUUCGGUGGUAAGGACAUCUACUCCGCAGAGUGUCGGUGGGCAGAGCUGUGUCCUCAGGCAGCGUAGGGAUGCUGUGGGGCGCGGAGGAGUGUAUGAGCACCUUGAGGGAGCACCGAGACACAGAAAGCUGUACUGUGCCACAAAAUAUCACUUACAAAUACAUCCCAAUGGGAAAAUAGAUGGGACCCUGGAGGAGCAUAACCCUUUCAGUAUAUUGGAGAUCACAGCAGUGGAUGUGGGACUGGUGAUGAUUAAAGGACUGUUCUCCGGGAGAUAUCUGGCCAUGAACCAAAAAGGACGACUACAUGCAUCUGCUGCCUUCACUCAGGAGUGUGAGUUCAUGGAGCGGAUCCAUGAGUUAGGCUACAACACCUACGCCUCCCGCCGCUACCGGACAACCCCACACUCCACCUCAACAGGAAGUAGGCGAAGGGUGAGCGCUGGGAGGCUGUGGUAUGUGUCAAUCAAUGGAAAGGGCCAGCCAAGGCGGGGCCUGAAGACCCGAAAGACAGAGAAGGCCUCCCUCUUCCUGCCUAGGGUCCUGGGCAACGAGGACCAUGACAUGGUUCACCUGUUGAUCAACAGUAGUCUGGGGUACAGGCAGAAUGCCCUCAGACUCACAGGGGAACAGGGCAGAGGAGAUAGAGAUGUGUCCAUCUCCAGGGAGCUUGAUGACAAGUCUCACUUGUCAGACACGUGGACUGUGGGAAGAGCAUGACUGGUGACUGAGAGAUACAAGCCCCCCCUGCCCUCAUUUAAACCGGCAUAAUGAUACUGUCCUGUGUAUAAAGUGAUCAGUGUCUCGAAUAUAAUGUAUCUUUGUACUCUUAUUGUUAACUCACAUUAUCGGAAGUACAUGCAGUUAAUGUCUUGUAUUUUUCUUGAUGACCAUUUCAUAGGAAGAUGUCUGGAAGGAUGCAUGUGGAUUUACACAAUAAUAUAAUGUACAAAAAAGCACUUGUACAAUCAAUGGCAUAUUGUCCUCUGUGACUCAGUUGGUAGAACUUGAUGCAUGCCAGGCCAGGAUUGUGGGUCCCAUCCUGAUGUACUUUUGGGUAAAAGUGUUUGCAAAUGAUAAAUAGUAUGUGUAUUACCAUUGUGGUGUUAAUUUAUUUGCUUUUUAUAUCAUAAACACAUUUUCAU